UCGAGCUGAGUCGCUCCCUGCACUUCCACGAGGGAAGGGAGCUGCUCUCCAGCCCCGAGAGAGAUGAGGAGGAGGACGAUGAUCAGGAUCGCCUGGGGGUCUCGCCGGCCAAGAUGGUGCCCACCCUCCCCAAGAAGGGCAUCCUGAAGAACAACCAGCAGCGGGAGUCUGGCUACUACUCCUCCCCGGAGCGCAGUGAGUCCUCUGAACUGCUAGGGGGCAGCACCUCCAUGGCCCCACCCGCCAGCUCACCAACAAAGAGGUCCAUGGGGAGAAAGGGCAUAUUGAAGCGUAAUGGGAAGUACGGCAACUCCACUUCCUUCCACAGUGGCUUGUCCAAUAUGAGCUUCCACGGAGAGACUCCGGGGGACUCGGGCCUCUCUCGCAGCCAGAGUAAACCCUCCAGUAUUGUCUGUGAGGAGAUGGGUCUCUCCAGUGUUCCCCCCUUAAUGGGAAUGGAUUGGUCUCCCUCGUCCCCGCAGCCACACGUCAGGGCCUGUAUGUCGGCUGAGGAUCUACUCCAGCUGGCAGGCUUCAGACGGGGCCUCCAGACGGCUGCAGGGGGGCUCCAUGGGGGGAAGGUGGGGACCCGAGGGACACCAGGGUCUCCUGGUGACGACGGCAGCUUCUCUCUGCUAGGGGACAUGGAUGAUAUGACCCAGGUCUACCAACACACCCUGGACAUCAGCAGCAAUCUGACCUAGAGGAGGUGGAGUUGGGAGUUUGGAAGGGAAGGGACAUGGGAAGGACAGACACACACUUGAACCCUCAUUUCUGGGUUUAGGACUGGCCAGGUGUGUUGUGAACUGGGCAUCCCAGCCACCUUAAUGUACUGAAUCUACCCUCUCAGAGACAGUGCUGCUGUAAAUCUUUAUAUGUUCAAUAGAGCUAAAUAAAUAUUGUGUUGUAUGUCAUUCAGAGUCACAAACCAUGCUGUGGUGAAGCUCAAUGUAAUAGACAGUCAGGACUACUGUUCAUGUUAUCUCAAUGUAAUAGACAGUUAGGACUACUCAAUGUAAUAGACAGUCAGGACUACUGUUCAUGUUAUCUCAAUGUAAUAGACAGUUAGGACUACUGUUCAUGUUAUCUCAAUGUAAUAGACAGUUAGGACUACUGUUCAUUUUAUCUC